UCGCUUUAUUAUUUAGAAGUGAAAAUGGCGGCGACUUUGUGGUAGUAGUAGUAGCUGAAAGUAACCUGAGCUUUGCAGCAAUUACCAGCUUGUAAUGCAGAGAGUUGGCUCUUUGAGAGCUAUAAGACAUUGAUUAGAAUCAUCUAUGAUAUUUUAGACUCUUUGCGGAAAAGUUUGGGUCGCAAGGUUGCGAAACACUGCCACGGAAACUAGAAUGUCACUUCACUCCCUUGCGGCCGACGGGAGUUUUAGCGACGAAGACAUGAACGAAAAUACCGUAGAUAUAGUGGAUGAAGACGAAGAGUCAAACAUCAGUUUGAAAAAAACAGAUUCGCAUGUUAUGAAGCCCCCUUUACCAAUUCCUUCAUCAAUUGAACUGUCGAAGCCUCCGGUACGUAUAACACCACUUGUCUCUUACGCUAGAGACGAUGAAUCAGACUCAGAUACUGAUGAAUCUGAUAAAGAAGAAGAAUUCGAUUUGCAUUUGUUGUAUAAAAGAAAAGCUGAACAGUUGCAAGAACAAGAAUCAAAUGCUUCUGUGGGAGAGCAAUCUCCUGGGUCUGCAGCAGAAGACUCAGAAUUAAACCCUGAAAAAUUGAAUUUUACAAAAACGGCAUCUAAUAAUGCCCUAGAUCAGGUUAGACUACCACCGGAACCAGAAGGGCGCUGCUCCCGUUCAUUGCAGGAUAAGAUUGCUAGGAUGCUGGAAAAAAAGAAUCUUGGAAAAUUGUCCCUCAAUGAGCAUGUUCAAAGGAAAAAGGAUUUUAGAAACCCAAGCAUUUAUGAAAAGCUAGUGAACUACUGUAGCAUUGAUGAAUAUGGCACUAAUUAUCCAAGAAAUUUGUUCAAUCCAUCAAGUUGGGGCGUAGAGUCAUAUUAUGAUGCACUAGCUAAAGCACAAAAAGAAGCCCAUGAAAAGAAAGAAAAAGAAAAACAUCAAAAAGGCCAGGUUGAAUUCAUUAAAGCAACAAAGAAACUAAGCACCACAGGGUCUGUGACUUCAGCUCAAGGGACUGAUGACAAGUCAAAGUCAUCUAAGUGGGAUUCAAAGUCAGGAGAAACUGGAAAACACUCAAUUUCUGGAGUUACCGAUGUCCCUGUUAAGAAGCAAAAAGCAAGCACUUGAAAGAAUAUUUAUUAAAAAACCACUAAAACUUUACAGGUGUUGUGUCAGGCAAUGUAACUAAAGAUCAAUCUCUGCAUGUUAAAGGUGUAUCAAUAUAUGUGUGUUCAAGUUAUCUAGCUACUUGAAACUUGUCUUCAAGUUCAUGUUAUCAUAUUUCUUUGUUUCUUAAUAAAAAGAUGCAAAAAACAGUCUAUUGCAUAGUGAGUAUCAUAUCAGUUCAUCAGAUAUCUUUAUUGCCAAGUAGUAAUUCACCUGUG